AUGGCCAAAAAGCAGCACAGUCUUCCCUGUAUAUUCAUUAUUGAUAUAGAUCGACACUGGGAUCUAUUUGGAAAAAUAUGUCAGUCGAUUCAAUACUAUUCGUUGUUACAUAUUGUGCCUAUAGCUUGUUCUGAAAAGGAUGACACCAGUUUGAUGUUGAAGUGCAUUCAGAUGGGUGCUUUUGAUUUCGUUUUGAAACCAUUCCGGGAACCUGUCAUUAAAACGCUUUUUUUGAAUUUAUUCAGGGAUUACAAACCACAUCAGUCAAAAUUAACAGACAAAACAAAACAAUCCGCCUUGAGCCAGUUUCAGGGCCGACUUCAAAAACUAUACUCGACUCAACACGAGCAUCAUUGGUUAUCGGACGCCAUUAUAAAGCAAUAUACCCCACAACCUACCAUAGAAGGAAGAUCGCGAAUGUCUUCUCUGACCAGCGAGAGAAAGUCGUUUUUGCAAAGCUUUAUCAAAGAUUGGAACUUUUCUCCUCUUGGAUUAGACGACAUUGAUUUAGUCUAUUGCGUGUUUUAUAUGCUGGACCAAACAUUUCAAAAAUACCACUCUCAACUCAAAUCACUUCAAAUGACGAAUGAUGCGCUGUACAACUUGAUUUUUGACGUUUGCAAUUCGUAUCACAACUCAAAUCCGUAUCAUAAUUUCAGACAUGCAGUUGAUGUGAUGCAGUCCACAUGGUAUUUCUUGAAUUCAAUCGCUUCUGAGAGCAUGGCGUUAUUACUGAGACCGAUCGAUGUACUCUCUUUACUGAUGGCAGCAAUUGGACAUGAUGUUGGACAUCCAGGAGUCAAUAAUGGUUUCAUGGCAACCGUACUGUACAAUGACAAGUCGGUUUUGGAGAAUUAUCAUUCUAUGGCAUUCUUCAACUUACUCCGUAAGCACUACUUUAAUGCCAUGAUCGACAUCAAAUCACAUUGUGAAUACAAAGAUUUCCGCAAGAUCAUAGUACAGAGUAUUCUAUGCACUGACAUGAGCUGUCAUCAGGAAUACGUGGAGAGCUUCAAGGAACAACUUCAGCGUUUGCAAUCACACACCAUGGAUUUAACAGACGAUGCCUCUCGAGACAAAGAGAGAAUGAUCUUAUGCAGUAUCAUUAUGAAAUGCGCGGAUGUCAGUAACUGUGCAAGACCUUUUGACAAUGCCAAAAAUUGGGCUAUAACACUAGCCGAAGAAUUCUUUAUCCAAGGCGAUCUGGAGCGUGAAUUAGGAAUCCCUUCUAUAGCCAUCCACGAACGCGGUAAAGUGACAUUGGCUGAUUUCCAACUUUCAUUCAUGAGAAAUGUAGCGCUAGAGCUUUAUCAAACUGUGGGUGAAUUGCUCCCUCCAUUGAAAUUCUGUGCUGAAAAUAUCAAUCGCAACAUUGAUAUAUGGACAUCUGUUCGGCAGUAA